AUGGCGCCAGUCACCACCGCGCCAUCAUCAGCGCAGGGAUCUGCUCCUCUGCUGUCUCUCGCAGGCUCAGCUGGAAUGCAACCAACUGCUCCUCUUCCUUCCCCAACGCCUUCGCCGGGCGUUGGAGCAGCGAGCACAGGAACAGCCACCCCAUCCUCUCUCUCUCGUUUGACACUAGGUGAUAAGUUGCUGCUGGCUCAAGCAGUGCACCAUGUCGGUUCAGUGCCUCCCGAUUGGGCUCAAGUGAGCGCUCUGGUGCUCAAUCACCCACUCAUCAAGACUUCUGCCCGCAUAGAGACUGUCUCUAAAGCCGGCUUCACUCUAGGAAGGGUGUUUGGUAGCAGGGAGUGCGAAAGGGCUUGGAUCGCGCUCAUGCGCAUGUAUGGUCUCGUUUACCAGCCUGGAGAAACUCAAGCUCAAUCCCAGUCGCAUAGCAUGACUCAAGAGGAUGAGGAAGGCAACGCUGUGCAGACUACAUCCAAGAAUAAGGAAAGCCGUACUGCAGCACCAAAAACGGAUAAGGCUAGCCAAUUGCAGUUGGCUCAACUGCUGUAUGCUGAGCGUCUGCUCGAGCUGAGAAAUCAGAUUAAAGAAAAGGAGGACAAAUUUCGGUAUGUAGCUAGUCGUAUGCUACUCGACCUCGAGACCUUGCUGAACUAAUUUGAGCGGGUGACACUUUUUGCUUGCUUCGGGUAGAGAGCUCGUACAGGAAGUCGAAGCCGUCAAGACGGGUGCUCGCGAUGAUGCAUUACGUGCCGAGCUGGCACUGAAAGAGGCUAGCGACCAUGAUGCUGGACCAGUCGGUGCUGCGGAAGAGAGCAUCUCUCGGGCGCACAGUGACGCUGAAGCUGUUGUAGCGUCGAACGAGGUCAAGACUUCCACAACCAGCACCACAGCUGGCCCUGCACCGUCAAAGCCUGCACAAAUCAGCGCAACGGAAGCCGAGGCCCACGAAGCUCCGGAACGAUCCACGAACUCGCCCACACAGGCCGCGAAAGCACCUCCUGAGCCUUCUGCGCAAGCAUCUACCACCAUGGUGGACACCGCCAACCCUAAGCCAGCCGCCGCGUCCCCUGAUGAAGGCGCCGCUGCUGUUGCGAAGCCCGUCGGAACGAGCAUCGCGGGAACUCAGAGCAAGAAACCGAUACCACCUCCUAUCAAGACGUCGACUUCGUCAGCCGAGCAACCGAGCGCUAUUCCCGCUGUCGUACUGACGCAAGAUGCCCCGAGUACCCCAAAAGUGAGCCCACGGCAGAGGACUGUGACGGAUGGCUCUUCGCUUGCGAGCCCUGCACCGUCUGUCUCUGCACUCCGACGUCGAUCUGGGACCUUGUCAGCUUCCCGUAGCACGUCUCCCGCAGCCACCGACGAUCGAUCACAAAGCGUGUCACGACAAGAAGAGGCGUCUGGGAGCAAGGAAACGCGAUCGGAGAGCGAAGCGACGAAAACGGAGGAGCGACACGAGUCCUCUCCGUCCAGGCCAACUCCUCAGCGGGCUGGUAGCAGUGUGCAGAAGAGAAAGAGAGCUGCGGAGGCUGUGGAUACACCGGCAACGAGAGAUGCUGAGCAGUCAGCGCGCAAACGCACUCGCGCGUCGACCAAUCGACCGGUCGAAACGAUUGCCGAGGAUACUGUUGCUGAAGCGGAAGAACCGCCUACGCCCACUGUGGGUAGGCCGCGAAGAGGCGGCAGAACCGACUCGUCAUCCAGAGAUGUGGAAGGUGAUCUCGAGAAAAUUCAGUCUGUGACAAGCGCGAGCACUCCGGCUCCACCGUCAACCCCCGGGCCCUCCAAGCAGUUGAGGCGUAGCGGAAGGGCUUCUUUGGCUGGUGACGAGUCUGUGCCACCUACGCCAGUCAGCGCAGGACCCACGCGCAGCACACGGUCUCGCAAGGCAAGCCCGAGCGAGACUCGUGAGACCGUGACCAAAGUUGAGAGCGAAGACGAGCAGCAACGAGCUUCUGCGACUCGCGAAAGAUCUCAGUCUACGAUUGGUCUCGAGGAACACAAGGAGACAGAAGAUGCAGCAACCCGCGCUUCCGUCAGUCUAUCGCCCGUCUCUUCGAGGAGGCCGUCUAGAGGAGGUGGAAGAGGCAGAGCUUCGUCUGUCGCCUCGAGGGACAGUGGAAGAGAGAGAUCGACUGGACCUGGUGCGAAGAAGGACGACAAGGAAAAGGCGAGGAGGAAAAAGGAAAAGAUGCUGCUGAUGCUUUUGGACGAGGUUUCGAACCAUACGCACGGCAACCUGUUUCACAAUCCCAUCAAGGAGCAAGUGAGUCGGCUCGCGAGUCAGUCUUUGCUAGCUCGAAGAGGUCUUUGACGCUGGACGAUCGGCCCAAUGCAGGAUGCGCCCGACUAUUAUCAGCUUGUGAGACAUCCGCUGGACCUCAAGACGAUCCGUUCCAAGGUCAAAGACGGUCAGAUUGUCAACUCUGCACAGUUGAGGAGAGCCUUGAAUCACAUGUUUGCCAACAGUCUGAUCUAUAACAGGCCGGGCACAGAGGUGCAUCGUAUGGCCACGGAGAUGCGCGAUGCGGCAGAAGGCGUGAGUCUCUGGUUUGAGCUGUUUCGCUCAAGCAUAGCGCCUCGGUACUCAGCAGUCCUCUCCUCGUGCACAGAUGGUGGAUCAGUUUGAGCAGACUCAGCAAAUGUCUAGAAGGUAG